AGUAUGAUCGUACUAUUAAACACCAACAUUUUAUUUGUAAAAUUAAAGUCAAAACGCUACGUAUUUGACCUGGAAACGGAAGUAGAUGGGCGUAAUGUUUACUUUCUGAAACCGGAAGUAAAACGCUCGUCUAAUGUUUAAAGGGGCAGUUGUGUUUUUUUCCCCCGCCUCGUGUGUAAAAUAUAAAUCUGUUUUCAUUCAGCUUUUGGUCAUGACUUGUGUUGGAGACGAAGAGGACCCGUUCCCCGUCGAUGACUGCCUGUUCGCAGAGACAUUUUGUCUGGACUCGGUGUUUGACAUGAUGGGGGAAGAAGUGCGGAUAAAACAAGUGUUCGGUGCCAACCUCGGCGUGGCCGCUCCGGUCUGGGAAGCUGCGCUGCACUUGUGUCGGUACCUGGAGGAAGAGUCGGUGGAGCUGAGAGGACAGCGCGUCAUUGAGCUGGGAGCAGGCACCGGUGUGGUCGGGAUUUUAGCUGCUCGCCUGGGUGCAGAGGUGACCCUCACUGACCUCCCCAUGGCCCUUCCACAGAUCCAGGACAACGUCUCGGCCAACACGCCCUCURAAGGUUGGCCUUCAGUCCCUCCCACAGUCCUCCCUCUGUCGUGGGGUCAGGACCACCUAAACUUCACCUCCGACUGGGACCUGGUGCUUUGUGCAGAUGUAGUCUACCUCCCGGAGACGUACCCACUGCUGUCGGAGACGCUGGCGCAUCUGUGCAAAAACGGAGCUACGGCGUAUCUCUCAUCUAAAAUGCGCAAAGAGCACCGGACCCCGAGUUUCUUCGAGGAGAUCUUACCGAGCAGAUUCAACGUGGAGCUCGUGCACCGUGACGACAAACAGAACAACAACAUCUACAGAGCGUCUCUGAAGUGACAGCAGGAGGAGCCGGAGACCGGACUGGGCAGAAACCAGUUACAUCUGGUUUCUUGUGUGGCCUUUAAGAAAAAAAAUAGUGAAAGCCUUUCAGAAAACGUGUCUGUCAGACACAAGAAAUAUAUUUUUCUAGUUAUAUUGAUAUUUUAAUCACCCCUUGGAGCUUAUGAAGUUUUUACAAAUUAUUUUAKAAAUGAAUAUAUGAAAUGAAACUAGUUAUAUUUCUAAUAUACAUUUGACUGUUGUAUUUAAUACCUUAGUGUGUUUAAGCAGAUGGGAUGUAUGUGUGCACCUAUGGAUUCAUUUAAAAUCCUGUUUAUUUACAGUCUUAUGCAGAUAUUCUUUUCUUCAUUUAUUGAACUUUACAAACAUCGCCCUUUUUUUUGACAAUCCAUCGUUGGCAAGCAGCUCAGUGAUAUUCACAACAACACGUUUUUAUUGCUCCGUAUAAAACUCCAAAUUCAUCUCAUCCCCGUCUAUUCUGUUGUUCAUCCCCUCCCUGCGGCACUCUGCUGAUGUGCAGGUUUUCUGUUCAGGAUAGGAAAGCCUGUUUGUUACGCUGGAGAGUUUUAAAGAAAAGGGAGACGACCUGGCUGCUGCCCGUCACUCCCUCUGCUACAGUUCAGCCGACAAAAACAACAGAUCUGUAUCUCUGUGCUCUGUCUGCCCACUGCCUCCCACACGACUGCCACUAAACAUGCAGAUCACUGGACUGACGUGUGUUUUGCUUGGUUUCCAGUCAAACUGAUAAAAACUGUUAAAUGUGGAUAAUUUAUUUAAAAAGAACCAUUUAUGACUUCAGUGAAAAUGGUUCAGUGGUGCUCCUAUUGGACUAAAUAAAUAACACCAAAGUCAGUGAAAUGCCUAUAUGUACAUGAAUCUUAUUGCCCAAAACAAAUUUUUAAUGUUUGAUAAACACUAAUAUAGAAAUUAUUUUCAAUAACUUUUUUGUUUCAGCUAAACAGAUCUUAAAUUUGUGUUAUUUGUACACCUUUUUUUUUUUUGAAAAUUCAGAUUCCUAAUUUGUUUCCUCUUGUGUGGAUUCAAAAACUGAAUWUGAAGUAUUUUAAAUAAAAAGGCAGCACUGCA